GUAUGUUAGGAUCCCUGAAAACGAAAGUUAACUUUACCGACCCGGUGGUACUUUACCUAUUUGUGAUUCGCUACGGUGCCGAGCGAUAAACCAAAUAUAUAAGCUUUGCAUUCAGUCAGCUUUACAGCCGAUAUCAUCAUGGCGCAUUAUAGAGCCUCUGACUCUAAGAGAGAACAUUUCAGAAGAUAUUUGGAAAAAACUGGAGUUGUUGACAGUCUCACCAGUGUUUUUGUGUCUCUGUAUGAGCAACAAGAGAAGCCUGCCAAUCCUCUGGAAUAUGUGAAGGAGCAUCUUGGUGCUGUUGCCCUGACUUCAUCAGACACAGAGGCUCUGCAGCAGGAAGUGAAUGACCUGAGGCAGAGAUGUGCAUGUCUGGAGGAGGAAAACAAAGAUCUCAAAGCAAGGCUGCAGCAGUAUGAACCUGCUUCAGAAGAUGGAGGCACUGCUAACUAGAUUUCAUCAACAAACCCGUCUUUGUUUUGAUAAAGGUAUUAUUUGUUUUAUGCUGCUGUCAGUUUGAAUUUAAAGAUAGGAUGACACUGUAAAAGGUGAAAGCCAAAUGUUUUAUUUGCCUGUGAUGUUUAUCUGUAAAUUUCAACUUUAUUCUUUUCUUAUAUUCUAACUUAUUCUGUAUAUGUUUGUAUAUAUUUUUCCUGAGUGUUCAGUCUUUACUUAGUAAAAUAAGUUCAAAGUGUGGAA